UCUGCAAACUUUGCACCUCAGGAACUGGUGUAUCAGGAUCUUGGCACAUCAGUCCUGUCAGGAGCUAUAGAGGGUUACAAUGUCUGUCUGUUUGCCUAUGGGCAAACUGGCUCAGGAAAAACGUAUACUAUGAUGGGGACACCAGCAUCUGUUGGGCUGACACCAAGGAUAUGCAAGGGACUCUUCUCCAGGGUGGAUGACUACCAAGAGAAGCCAACAUCAUGCAGAAUAGAAGUUAGCUUUCUGGAAAUUUAUAAUGAACGUGUCCGAGAUCUUCUGAAGCGCUGUGAUGGAAACAAGCCCUACACACUUCGAGUGCGUGAACACCCUGAUAAGGGUCCCUAUGUGCAAGGAUUAUCGCAACAUUUGGUAUCAGACUACAAGCAACUUAUUGAGCUUUUAGAGGAAGGGAAUUCAAACAGAAUCACUGCUGCUACCCACAUCCAUGAUGCCAGCAGCCGAUCCCAUGCCAUCUUUACCAUCCAUUACACUCAGGCAAUAUUGGAGAGUCACCUUCCAUCAGAGAUUGUUAGCAAAAUUAACCUUGUUGAUUUGGCAGGCAGUGAGAGAGCUGAUCCAAAUUUCUGUAAGGACAGAAUCACUGAAGGAUCAAAUAUUAACAAAUCUCUGGUUACUCUGGGAAUAGUCAUCUCCACUUUAGCACAAAAUUCCCAGAUGUCCACCAGCUGCCAGAGUAUUAAUAGUAUGGUGAGCGAAGGUGAUUCUGGAAGCCAUUCCAGUGCAUAUUCAGGAAGCAGCAGACGCCAGUGUUAUGUUCCUUACCGUGAUUCUGUCCUCACCUGGCUUCUCAAGGACAGUCUUGGAGGAAAUUCAAAAACCAUUAUGAUUGCAACAAUCUCUCCUGCAAGCACAAGUUACAGUGAAACAAUCAGCACCUUAAGAUAUGCAGCACAUGCAAAGAAUAUUAUCAAUAAACCACGAGUGAAUGAGGAUGCUAAUGUAAAAUUGAUUAGAGAACUGCGUGAGGAAAUUGAUCGAUUGAAAGCCAUGCUGAUGAGUUUUGAAUUACGAAACUCCAGUCCUUCUUUAAGCGAUGAAAAAGAUGGAAGCCUAACAGAAAUGUUACUUCAAAAUGAACUCAAGAUAGACCAACUUGCCAAAGAUUGGACAGACAGAUGGAAAGACACAAAAGCAAUCAUGGAGGAGUACUAUGUGGAUAUAAACCGAGGAAAAGCAGGAGUGAUUGUUGCCUCCCAGUUACCUCAUUUAAUAGCAGUGGAUGAGGAUAUAUUAAGUACAGGUGUUGCUCUCUACCAUCUUAGGGAAGGAACAACAACCAUUGGGAGAAUUGAUGCCGAAACAGAACAAGACAUUGUUCUUCAGGGUCCUUGGGUGGACUCAGAGCACUGUGUCAUUCACAAUCACAAUGGCAUAGUGACAAUUGAACCAAUUGGAGGGUCACAGUGCUCUGUUAAUGAACUGGACAUCACCCAUUCAUGUCGUUUGUCCCAAGGUGCUGUUAUAGUCAUAGGAAAAGUGCAUAAGUUCAGGUUUAACCAUCCAACUGAAGCUGCAAUGUUGAGACAAAGGAGAACUAGUAGCAGCAUGUCUCUGGAAAGCAGUGGCUCCUGUGAAUGGCUAGAUUUGGAUGGAGAAUUCAACUUCUCCCCUCCUUAUGUUUUGUCUCCUCUCAUGCAAGCAAGCUUUGAACACGAUAAGGAGAAGGAUGACGAAAUGGAGCUAAGUGAAACCAGGAAGCAGCUAGUCGAACUUCGGGAGAGAUACCAAAACAAACAGCAGGAGCACAAAGAAUACAGGCACAAGCUGAAGGCAUUGGAAGCUUUUUACCAAGGGCAGGUACAGCAGCAGGAAUGCUAUAUUGAGGAACUGCGAAAACACAUCCAAGCAGCCCAGUCGCAGGCAGAACAAGAGCUCAAACACGAUCAGGAGCAGCUCAAACAACAAAUUGAGCUAAACCAGCAAUGUCUAGCAAAUGAAGAGAGGCGCUUGGAGUCUUUAGCGCAGCACCGCCAUGAGCUGGGGACACAGACAGAGACUGUAACGUUCACUGAGUGUGGGGUACAAAUCACCCUUCAAAACAAGGAGAUUCCUUCCCUUGAGCAAGAUAGGAAGCGGCUGGUGCAGCUGGAACUGCUUCAGAAACACUCACUGAAGAAGGCCGAGCGAAAUAUCAGCAAGAAAAGAGUCAAAUACCAGCUGGAGAGAAUCGCCGGGAAGCAAAAACUGUUGGAAGCCAAAACCAACCUGCAACACCUGGAGGCUGCAAGCUUACUCAGCAAGGAUCAACUCAAGCAACCAACCGUGGACAAAAUAAACACUUUACAAACCAGUCCAAAUCCAAAACUGACAAAGUGGAACAAAUCAUUCCCUCCAUACUCAUUACCAGCAACAAAACAAUCACCAUCUGUUCGUUUACUAGCUAGGAGGCACUCCGAUUCAAAUGACCUGGUAUCACGCCUGUACCCACAGUAUGUCCCAGUUUACAGUGAUUUCCUGAAGAGAAAGAACUUGGCUACGUCACCUCAAACAAAGAAGUGGCACAGUUCAACACAGGAGUCUCACUCAGUGGGUUCAUCUCCAAAAGAGGGUUUGUCCAUUACAAGGCAGCAAGCUUUUAAACGAGGGAGUGAGUCUGUUUCACCUGCCUGGGGCCAAAUUCACAAGAAACGAAAGGCAGCUGGGCAUGAGAAAGUCUCCAAGCCGGAAGCCAUAACAGAACCAAAUGAGAGCAGUAACUUCACUGAUAAAGAGCACACACAAAAGGAUAACAUGAAUGACCUACACCCAGAGGUCCAACAACUCAGCAGUAAAGUUCCUGAAAAUAAACAUUCAUCAGGCUGCAUGCUGUCUGAGACAAAGAUACUUGUACCAGAUUUGGUGGAUGUUGAAACUAACAGAGACAAGCUACUUAAAGUAACUAAUGAAGACACUAGGCAGGACUUUUCAUUGAAGCGUAUGUUGGAUGUUGGUGAUACAUCCAGAGUUUGUAAAAAGCCACCAUGUGGACGAUUGAGCAGAGCUAAAAGAGUCUGCAAGGAGUGUGCCAUGAGGAUGUCUUCCCUGAGCCAGUGUCAGCAUCCCAUCAAGGGAGCUUCUUCACUGGUCAAUCUUUGGGAACCAGUGACUCAUCCUGACAAGACAAGGAAGUGGCACAGUGACAAAAUAUUAAAUGCUGGCAUUACCACGGCUGCUCGUGAUUCACUAAGGGACUGGUCAGGCACAGAGGAAACGUCAGAUGGUGAAAGUGUGUACUCUGUAGAUUCUCUGUCUUCUGCUUAUGCAACUGCAUUAAAAGAGCAGUUACUGGAUGAAGAGUUGGAGGUUCACCAAGGUGAAUGGCAUGACGAUUGUAGUGGAAGUGAUGACAGUCAGAUGUCCCAAGAUUCGUUGGUGGACACGGACACAAAACUAGCUUCUGGCAUGAUGAAUGUUAGUGUGUUGUACGAUACAGCAACAAGUUUCACCCUUGCAAACAGAGGGAGAAGUAUUUCUCUGAACAACUUAGCUGAUGUGAAAGGGCAAAGUGACAUUUUCAGAAUGGAUUCAGCUGAAUUAACUGCAUCAGAUGAAAUGCCAGCUGAAAUGUAUUGGAAUCUACCUUGGACUGAAGGUGAUGAAACUAAAGCCCACCAGGCUUCUGAAACACAACUUGAUAAAAACCAGGGAAUGGGAGCUGUGAGAUUAAAAGGGCUGAAUUUUUAUUUGAGCAGUAACACAGAACUAAAAGCUACAGACAUGGAUAAAAAUACACGACUGGAAAAUCUGGAGCCAAAUAGAAAUGAUAUGCACUCUGUGAUCGUGACAGAUGGUUGGUCGUCUUGUGAGUCCAGUCGCAGGAGUAACUUAAAAGUCGAUUCAGCUUGUGGCACUUGUGUUUCGGACAUUUUGCGAGAGCAGGAUGAUGGGUAUCGGUAUGUGGAGGAUGGCCCAACUGAAAGACCAGAAAGAAUUUGGAUUCGCCCGGUGCUUAACUUUGGUCCACCACAUGACUGCCAGCAGUAUGAUGGAACCGUUAAUUUUCCAUUUGUUAAUCUCAGAGAGGACAAUGCACCAUGUACUGAAGACAAAGACAACUCACUAGAUCGAGAAAAGGAGCAUCUCAUCAGUACAUUUAGAACUGAUAGAGUAACGUUUUCAGAUCCAAGUUGUACUGAACAUCCUAUGGUUCAUGUUACUGAAAUGGUUGGAAAUUCGAAAAUAGAAACUAUGCAUGUAUUGGCAAGGAAGACACAAGAUAGUAAUGUGCCGGAUCAAGUCUUUACUACACAGCAGUAUCCAUUAUUAAUACAACCUAAAGAACUUGUGGAGUCUUUUGUGACUGACUCUUGUUUGAAACUUAGAUCAGCUGGUACAGAUGUGGUUGCUUCCAGGCAGAAUGUUAGCUCAGAAAUGGAGGUAACACACAGAGAACAACAAAUCACAGAAACAGAAGCAAUCUGCACACAGUCCCAGGACAAUCUGUUCGAUGACAAAACUUGCCACAGAAGAUGUGAUAUGAGGGGCAGUGCUUCAAAAGUGAACACAACCAAUUUCUCAUCCGGCUUUGAGAGUUUAGUCAUUUCUGGCACUGAACAAUCCACACUACAAUCAGGAUCCCAAACCUUAUCCGAUUUUUCUUGCCCUCCAACUAUUUCUAACUCCAGUGGUCCUUAUGGACUGGUGUGUGGGCCAUUGGAACAGGUUCUGGACCCCAAUGUGGAAUCUGGAUACAUACAAAAGAAUGGCAAAGUAGAUACUAGCUUGCUCACUGAUAGCAUAAUUCUGGGAAAGUCUUUAAUGCAGAAUGAGACCAAACCUUUCUUGGAAUUUAGUGCAAUACAACAUAAAGAUUCAGAUAGUGUUCUCUCAGCUUUAAUGAAAGAUGAACAUAGUCAAAUGGAACAAUCAAAUUUAACCCUUGAUAGAAUCAGGCAAACUGCAAAAUCCUUUAUAAUGCAGGGAAGUCUGGAUACAAAAUGUACUGUGACCAAAGGAAAAGACAGUUGUGAUCUAUUGGCCAGUUCAGUAAGAAAUAUUGCUGUCCAGAAACCAAAGAACCAUAGAGGUCUGUUGAGAAAUGAUGGAGGAUAUACUUCAACAGAAGCUCUGUUCCAGGCUGCAGCCAACCCAGAGGAUUCUGAAGGCAAGAUCAGUGAACUCAGGACUAUUGAUGCUGAACGUUUCAACAAGGAGGAGACUGUUUGUUCUGAAAAACUCCAGAUGAUAAACAGAGGUUUCAUUUCACAGCAACAAAGUGUUGUGAGUAAUGUUGUGUCAAACAAAAAGGAAGAAUUUUUAUUAAGAAACAAAGGUCAUGACAAAGAGGCGAUCAAGAUUUCAUGCAAUCCUGAAGUUGAAGACUGCUUGCACUAUACAGGCAACCCAUGUAAUGGUGACUCACAGGAUCAGCAGUGUGAGAAUGUACUUUCAGAAGAAACCACUGGAUUAACUUCACCUACAUGUGGGCAAAGUGUUCCCAAUUUUAAUACAGAAGAACUGCAAACAAAUGUUGAGAGCAGGCUUUGUGACAGAUUUAAUCAAGAUUGCAAUAUUCUGACAAAGUUGAAUAGUGCCUAUUGUACACUUCCAAAGAAACACAAUAUUCCUGCUGAGUCUCUUUCAAGGGAUCACCUGCAUCAGCCUUUUAUCCAAGGACCUGAAAAUAUUAACAUACUAAUUAAAGAAGAAUCAGAAAUAUCAUAUGGUCCCAACACGGAGAGAGUCCCUAUAAAAGAAAGCAUGACGUACCAACUGGAAUCGAUCAAUACUCAGCGAAAUAGGAGUGGAUCGAAAGUUGAAGUUAACCAAUCUGUGCAUGACCAUAAAAAAACAGAUGUCAACCAGAAUGAUGUGGCCACUGACUUACAAACUGUCCAAUUUGUUAAAGAAAGCAACGUAAGAGAAAAAAGAUUUAGAAGUGAUUAUGUUUCUGCCACAAAUUUCUUAGAUUAUGAAGAAAUUGGAAUUGACAACGUCAAUGAAGCAAAACUGAACAAAGAUAACAUGGUGAAUGAUGCAGUUCAAAGCAAUCCAAGUUAUUUUGGUGUCAGCCUUCCAUCAGAUUUGACUGAAGACUCAGUAAUGAUGAUAGAUGCUGGAUUUCUGGGCGUACCUAGAGAUUGUGAAGUCCCUGUUGAAAAGCAGGUUUAUUCUGUAGGAACUUUCAUAGAUGUUCAGACAACUGCCUGUGGAGGAGGAGAGAUGCUCUUUGGGGAUGCUGAUGAUGGUCAGACCAGAGUUAUUUUUACAGACCACAUUCAGAGGGAUGGAGUGGCAUCUGACUGUCAAGAACAAGGCAACUCCAAGGGUAACAGUCCAAUGAGUGGUGCAGCAGAGAAAUUUGGCGGCAAUUCUGGAACAACUGACCAUUAUUUUCAAAAGACAUCUCUGAUAACGAGAAGGUCCAGUGUGGCAAAAAUAAAUGGUGAUGCCAGAAUGACCAGUGUCGACUUAAUAAAUGACUCCAAAGCCUGUGAACUUUUCACAUUACAUAAAAACAGAGGUGAAUGUUCAGUUAAAAUUGGAAAAGAACCUAAUAAAGUAUUGUUCUUUUGUAGUGAGGAUUUUGAACAAUUGAAUGAGAAUGACAGUGAUGAAGUAAGAGCAUCGCAAAAGGCAACAGAAAUAAAAGAAGACAGGCCAUCUGGGAGCUUCAACUCUUCAACAUAUAGCUCAGAACAAACCUGUGUGACCCAAUGUGUUACAGAAAAUGAAGAUGUAUUAGGUCAAACAUCAAAGGAGAGAUCUCAGUUGUGUGAUUGGUCUUGCAGAGUUACAGAAGCUUGUAACUCAAUAGCCACAUCAAGUCUAGCAUUUCAUAGUGAGAUCAAUGCUCCUUAUGAUGCUGGUCAUCCAAGAAAAGCAGUAAGACCAGCUCAGCAAGAGAAUGCUAUGGCAGCUCAGAAUAUUGGGAUAGAAAGCAAGAGCUAUCUGGAAACAGAGAACAAUAUUGAAACAUCCGCAAACGAAAAAGAAUCGAAGUAUGAUUUGAAGUUCACAAUGAAAACUGAUCCACUAAUGCAUCCAGCUAAGGGGAAUGAAAUGUUGACUGAUCAUGUUCAAGAUGUUUGCAGAAUAAUUCUUGAAUCUAAUGAAGAAGGAGAUGCCAUGGACUUGAUUCAAGAGAAGAAUGUAGUUGUUGAAUUUGAGGACAGGGCUAAUGGUGGGAAUACAGUGGACAUAAGUUAUGGAGGUGACUGCACUCUAGGUAAAUGUGAGAACGAUGAACCCUCAAGUAUGUCUAAACCUGAAACUGCAGAGAGAAUGCCUAAAAACAGCGAACCUUUCAAAAGUUUAACAGAAAGUAAAAUCUCUAUGGAAACCAAAAAUACAGCUGAACAAAAUGGAAGUGCUUUGUUUAUUCACAAUGACAAUCAAGAAACCAAACUAUCUGCCUGCCAGCUUGUGGACAGAUCAAUACCAUACUUGCGAACUGAUAACAGUUUCCAGCAAAACUGUCUGCACCCAUUGUCACCUCCAACAUUUGCUAAAAAUGAUAACCCAAUGGGCACAAAUUCAAAAGAAUCUGCAAACAGAAAUGAGCAGCACAUUAUGUGUGAAGAAAAUGUGUUAAGCUUCAGCAGAAACAAAACUGAACAUCUAGUCUCCACCAAAACGUCUCUUGUAACUAAUAGAACUUGCUCUUCCAAUGAUCAAAGCUUUCGAUUUGCUACAUGUAUGGCACAUGGAACUGAAAUUAGACAAACCCUCCCAGACAGAUAUUCCCAGGAUAUGCCACAGGACGUUGUCAUUACUUCGGCAACAGGGGAAGUUGAUUGUGAGAUAAAGGAACAGGACUCUGCAGAUAUUUUCAGAAAUAUAAAGUCAGCAGCAAGUUGUAUGAAUAGCUUUAACAAAGAAGAACAAAGUCUCUCUCAAGAGAAAGCGCUGCCUGUAAUUGAAAACUCAGACUGUGAGACACUUCAAGAGAUUGAUUUGUUUGAAAUGGUUUCUGAAGGGAGUGAAGUCUGUUCGGCAGCUUCACUGUGUGAUAUUGACGGGCAUUCAUUCACCAAUCAGCAAUUGCAGACAACUCCGGAAUGUGUGCAAGCAGAAUUAGGGAAUCGUGCACCUGGGAAUUUCAAAGCAUUGCCAAUGCCACCAGAAAACAACUUUGUGGCUGAUUCUGUCGAACUUAAUUUGACCUCGAGUAAGGCUGGUUCUACAGCUGAUGAGAAUUUACAUUUGAGGAGACUGGACUGUGAAUUGUUUUGUAAACAUAUUACACAGCAGCAGUUAGCUAAAAGUAUAGCCAUGACUGACAGAGCCAACUGUUCGAAGGCCACUCCUUUACGGCAGAACAGUGGGCAAGGUAAGUUAUAUGAAGAGCCGAUCUCCACUCCAAAGCCAAGAGGAACCAUCCCAGACACACACACCCCACCACCAAGGGGGAACUCAGUUGUACAGCAAGAUAUGAGCGAGGCUGUGGAGUCCGCUCAGUCCUGUUUCAUCGAUAAAGACAGUCUUGAGGAAAUCAGUGGAGAAAAUGCUGGUGCAAGUGAAUGUCAAACUGACAGCACUUUCUCCAGGAAGGAUGAAUGUUCAGGAGCAGGGACCAUAUUGCCAAGUCAGGGUAUAGUGUUAAAGGAAGUGAUAGGUAGACAUGUAAUGUGGUACCAACUUGAUGCACCGGCUAUUUCUCAUGUGAGUGAUUUCCAGAUUGAUGAGCAAGCGGGCCAUUCAGACCAAGCCAGGUUUGUCCUGCACCAUUUGGUGAAGGCUGAUGCUGAGGCUGGCACCAAUCAGAAGCAGGAAACUUGUGAGAGUGUAGUUAAUUCUGGUCUAAUUGUGCCAAGCUCAGGCGUGGUAGAUACUAAUGACUCCUUUCAAAAGCAGGAUGUUUUUAAAGUCCAUCCAUUUUUACACAAUCCAAACACACGCAGUACAGCUUUGUCAGGCUUACAUGUCGAAAGCCAAAGUGAAGCUAUUAAAAUUUCUCGGCUCGAGUCACGUGAAAGUCAGGUUGGACGUGGGAAACUGGAAGUAUCGCUGAAAGGUUCACUUGAGAAUCAGCAUGAGGAAGCAAAUGCAAGGGGGUGCACAUCAUCCAUAUCUCUCUUGGUGAAACCAGAAGAAAAGGAGGUCUCAAAUGAACGGAGGUUGUGUCUUCACAAGCAAAAACCAAUUGAAAUUCAGACACAAGCCGGUGAUGGAAAGCCCAUCAUGCCUCCAACAACUGGGUUAAAUUCCCUGGAAAGUGCAUUGGAUUCUGAGCUAUUAAUGAAGCCCCCUGCAUCAGAAAUGGACCAAAAUUAUUCUCAUUCAAAAGGGCUUCAGCAUUCUAUCCAAGAGCAGUCUUCGAGCACUCCCAGCCUGACAGAUCCUUCUCUAUUAGAGAUGGGAAUUAAGUGCCAGGAUGCCCAUUUCUCAAAUACUGACCAGUUACACACAUUCACACCACAGAGCUUCACUGAAUCAUUUCGGCACCAGAAACCUAUCACCUUGGAUUGCAGAAGACAAGGGGAGGAUUCUUCAGUGAGCUUGACUGAUGGGGAUCUUACUUCAGAGCUAAUUGAGGAUCCAUUAAAUUUGCUUGUAGCAAGAUCAGAACAACCUUCAAAGCUGGUAGAAAAAUCUGCUGCAUCUUAUGGUAAGACAGCUGAAACAGCUGGGUGUCCUCAGAACAGCAAUGAUAAAAAUAUACCUGACUCAGCCAAUAAGAAGUCAGUGCAGAAGGAGGUAAAUGGUAGUGAAAGGUAUGAAGAAGCACAGUUACAGCUGCAAGAUGCACGGAGUGCUUCUAAGCAAGAACAGCUUUGCAGUGGAGGUGCCAAUAAAAAUCAUGAAGUCUCCGCCCAUGUAAAACAGGAGAAAAAGUUCCACUCUCCCACCAAAGUUGACUUCAUACCUCAACACGCACCAGAGUGCAGUAACAAACCCAGUGUUCAAACCAGGAUUCAGAAAGUGGUUGAGCCUGCUACAUCAGAAUGUAAAUCAGAAAUGUACUGCAGUGACAGCCACACAAACUUCUGCACAUCUGUCUCUCAGAAACAGCAAUUAACAGAAUUACAGCAGACUCAGAAUCAGUUAACCCCUGAACAUAAACUUAGUUUUGAGGCCAAACUGCAAACAAAGGAUCUGAAUGGUGCUGGUGUAACUCCUGAUGUUACUGAAACAUACAACAAACAUUUCUUUCAAGAAAGUAUUGAUCUGUCAGUUAUCCAAAUAGAACAGAGUGAGGGUUCAGUCCGAUGUAAACAAAUUGGAAAAUUAGGUCCUCAGUCACAUGCAAGCAACAAAUGUACAGAAAUGAAUCAAAUAUGCCACGCCACAGAUCUCUUGACACUUUCAGACUCUCCUCGCAGUAAUUGUUCUGUACAUUCUUCAGUAACUGAAGUCAGUGAUGGUUCAGGUGAGAGGUUCAGCACAACUACGACGAAUGUUCUAAAGAAGAAAUCACAAAGGAUGAGAUCUAAACCAAUUAUAGAUGUAACAAAGGACUCUUCGAGUUCAGAUGAAGAAGUUGACAUUGAAUUCCUUUCACUUAAAGAGCUUCGAAGCAGACGGUGUCAGAGGGAUUGCAAGUCACAAUCAUGUAUUUGUAAAUGCAAAGCCUCGGUGAAUACAAUUGGUGCUAAACAUGAAGAGAUGAGGUCCCCACUGUUGAAACAGAAACAAUCUGCACCAGUUGUCCACAUCUCCUCAUCCAAUAUGGAUCCACCACUGCAGGAUUCCAGUGGGUACAGCCCCACUGCGGCCCUGAUCGCAAACUCUUUUGAUGCUGUCAAUUCAAGUGAUGCUGCAGUAUCAACAUACAGAGAGCAAGUUGUGUACCGAAUGGAAGCUGGCACAGGAAAGGAUAUGGAUGAGAAUCUUUGUCAAAAACUAAAUCUUCGGUCUGACCUUGUAGGAGACAGUGUUUCAUUAAAUACAGAUUCCAACAUGUCUGCAAUAGUCCAUUCCGAGGUGGUUUCACCUUGUAAACAAGGAAAGAAAGAUCUGUCGAUCAAACAGCAAAGCAAUAAGCAUCAGAUCUCAGCAACAUCUUAUGAAUCUCAUCCAGGAAUGUUUACAGAAGGAAAACUCAAAGAGCAGCACUUUCCUGAAGAAAUGAGAUUCUGUAAAGGGAAAGAUCUGUUGCAUUUUGCUUCUAGUGAUAUUAAUCCAUAUGUCCACCAGUGGCAAUGUAAUGAACUGCACAGAGCCAACUGGAAACAGUGUGUCUUUGGAAGCACAAGCAAUGUGCGCAAUGUCCAAUCACAACUCAGUAGUCCUGAUAGUGUUAUGAGAUGUUCCAGUGUUGACAAUGGAUUGAAUGUUCAAAAUUCUCCCUUUAGUUCACAUUUAAGUUGUUAUGUCAAUGAAAGAGCAGUAUCUGACACGCAAAGUAAUGUAAGUGACUUCCAAGAUGAUACUUCUGAAGCUGCAUCCUCUGACCCCAGUGACCUUGAUACCUUUCAAAGGUUGUGUGAUCAAUCAAUACCUGCUUCAUUCUUCUGCUCAUCACAGUUUCCCCGCCCUAACUGUGAAGUUGAAGAUGCCGGAUCACAAGUUGAUGAAAUUGUACUCCUCUAUCCAACAGAGUCUUCUGUAAUGUCAGCCUCCGAUGGGUCUUUGGAAUUCACCUGCAACCAAGCAACACAAACACCAGGUGGAGUGACCCAGCAAAGGUCACUGAGAAAGUGCACCCAAACCCUGACACAGACACCCAAACCACAAAAUCCCUGGUCAAACCUUGAGAACUUGUCUGCCCAUCUUUCACAGCUUCUCCAUAGCACCACAGAGCUGCUGGGUAACAUUCAUCCAAACACAAACUACCUGAAUGAAAUUAUUUCACUAUCCAAUCAAAUGCCUUGUGCAUCAGGAACAGCCAAAACUGCAGACUGCUGUACUCAGACAGCCAUGGAUGUAGCCAUUCAGACAGAAACCUUAUCUCUGAGUCCAGAGGAAGAUGGCCUGGAAAAUGCAAGAAAGGAAGUGCUGAGCUCUCCAGAGGUUAAUAUUAUUGUGAGAGUGAUUGGUUCAGAUGUUAACGUGUCUCAGGAACACGCUAAUGUGCCAUUAACUCUGCAGGAGCAACAGCAGAGCAGUGGUGUGCCAGAUCUCAAUACUCGACAUUGCCAAUCACAAUGUUCUUCUAUUUCCACAGAAGGUGGAAAGUCAUCUGUCAGGACCUCAACCCCUGUCUCACUCAACACCCAGAAGUUAGUAUCAAACUCUUCACAAGUUUGUUCAAUCAGUCCAGGAGAUUCACCAGUUGCAACAGCAUCACAGGAGUCAGUGCUCAGUGAUUUCACACAAUGUAUAAAAAGCGUCAGCUCUUUGGAAAGUGCGUCAGAAUUUCCAAAGUUGAAAACUUAUAGUCCCAGUGUCUUGGAGGAUAGACAAAAGAAGAGUUUCUCACAAGGUUUCCAAGCCAGACAAGAAGCUGCUUUUGCUGAUAUAAAGUCAGCUGAUCUAGUGGACCGAGCCUCCUCCCCAAUUCAGACACUUGAAGCUGGGUCUGCAAGCUGGAGGUCCUGCAACAAGUCAUUUCAGUGCCCCGAAGAUGGAGAGCCACAUGGACAGUGGCAUGCUGACUAUUGGAAAAGAAAGCCUAGGUCUGCUUCUUGGUAUGGUUUAAAUGAAAAACAGCAACACGAAAUUAACGUCAGACAAAUGGAAUCAGAAAGUGAACAGAGAGUAGAAACAAACAGUGUGUCUUUGGUUCUAUUUCAGGAGCAAAAUAAAUUUGCCUCCAAUGAUUUGUCAAGCUCUAUUCAGUGGGAGAGUACAGCUGAUUCCCAUGAUGGAGUUCAGUCCAGUUCACUCAGUUCAUCUCAGAGCUCGGAAUCAGCAAGGGCUUGCAAUGGAGGUCCCAGUCGGCAGUGGGAAAAAAACGCAAUGAGAGUAGGUCACAGUGAACAAGUGCCACUUUGUAACUCAACACAGUCAAAGGAAAGCGAGUCACAACUGGUUCUUCUUAGUGUUCAGAUGCCGUCUACCUCAAACACUGAAGUAAGGAAACUGGAAAAUUCUUCUGCUUUUCCACCAGCAUACCAUAAUCCUGCACUGAGCUCUUGUACUCCCACUCUUAGUAAAAGUGAUGAUACCACGUUACUGUCGAGAAGGAUCUUUCAUAGAUCUUCCAGUACGCCUUCUGUGCAACAGAUAUCUUUUUCUGAAAAUGGUAUAGAUUUGCAGGAGCGAGAGCGCAGAACAUUACAGGAUCAAAGUGCAAGCCAAAAUGAUUCCAUGAAUGAUUGUAAUUCUGUGUCUGGGACAUCCAUUAUGAGUGAAAAGACAAUUGAAUUUACCACUGAAGAUGCCCAGUCCUUAGUUUCAAGUCAAUGCAACACAGAAAUGCUUCUGAAUGAGAAUCUCUCCACGUCUGACUGCAAUGGGCCACCAGUGUUCAGUUCUAGGACAGCUGGCUGCAGAGGCCCAGAAGACUUACCCUUGCAUAACAAGUUCUGCAACUGGUCUGGAGUUCAUUAUAGACCUCUGUCAACAAGUAGUGGUAUCAGCGAGGUCACUCGUUCUUGCAGACAGACCAAGCAAAAGCAAGCCAAAGGCAGGAUUACAGAAGUGGCAGACUUCCAAUCUGAGCUUCAGGAUGUACGGCAGAAGGAGAUCGAAAGCUUGCGCCAGGAGCGUGCUGAGAUCAUGUCAGGAAUGUACCUGGAUUUCAACCAGCACCAACUGACAGUGGAGCUCACUGAAGCCAAGCUGAACUAUGGUCUGGGGGAAACGGAUGCUUUGUUAAGAGUACUUCAGUGUGGAUCAGCAGAUGACAUAAAUGUUUCCAUAAGGCAGAAGCUCUAUGACAGGCACAUGAAAACCAUAAAGGCUUUGAGAAAGGAGAGAAAUGAAAGACUACAGAAAUUCAGAAGGACCCGUAGCCUGAGCCCACAGAAAUAUUUACUCUCACGAUGCCAAAAGUAUCCAACCACCUCCCAUGCAGAUCAAGACCGCCCGAGCGCACACAGGGAUUACCUGCAGCAAAUACGCCAAGAACUUGUGGAAAGCACACAAACUCAAGCAGCUGUGAAGGGUAGAGAGGAGAGCACUUCUGAGAUUGAGCAUCUAUUGAGAGAUUAUCAGAAGGCACGUGAGGAAGCGAAAAUGGAAAUAGCAAAGGCCACAGAUAAACUCCGUGCAAGGACUGAGAUGGAGAAAUGUCGAUUGCAGCAACAGAUGAUCACGCAGAUAUUGAAGGAGAAAGGAAGGAUGAAGAAUGUAGUUAGCAGAAGCAGUUUGUGCAGUGGAUCGAGUCUUAGUCUCUUUUCCAACCCCACAUCAGGCUACAGCAGCAGCAACACAGCCUGUCCAGACAACAACUCUCAAACCAAGAACAAAAGUGGUAUUGAUGCCUUGAUAACUAGUAGAGGGCGGACAGCAUAUCGAAGGUCACAUGUUAAUGUAACAGACCAUCCAGCAAAUGUGACCAGCGAAAGUAUCCACGCUUCCUGCUCACCUGUUGAAUCUGUCUCAGGGAAUAUAUCACACCACAUCAGUCACACCGCAAGUUCUAACUACUUUAAAAAAUACCAGGAUUUGGCAACUCACACUAUAGCUUCUGUUAAAGCAGAGGUCAUGGUGGCGUCCAUCAACAAUCUCAGCAAUCUUCUUCAGGGCAAAUCAGCAGCUGGUUGGAGAUAUCACUGCACAGAAAAAGGGGUCCAAAUAUUCUAUAAGAAAUAUGCCUCCCCAACCAAGCAUGGUUUUCUGGGUGUUGGUAUGAUUGAGAAGCCAUUACACUGUGUGUGGUGCAUUGUGAAAGAUCACAGUAAGAGGCAGCUUUACGACAGCUCAGUGAAAACAGUGAAGAUACAUCAGCAACUGGGAAGUGGCAUUGAACUUGUUUAUCUUGUGAAUGACACCUCUGUGUGCUACCUCAGUCAGCCUCGGGACUUCUGCUGCAUCAGUGUGGAGGCAAAAGAGGAUCAGCAGUACAUUCUCGCAAUGCAAUCAAUAUAUGAGGAAUCAAUGCCUCGGCCUGUGAAGGAUUUGGUACGAGGGGAAAUGAUGCCAAGUGGCUGGAUUUUGCAGCCUGACACACAGAAUGGAAAGGAAAUAACUAGACUUAUCUACUUGACUCAGGUUGACCUUGGUGCUCCUGCUCUCCCUGCCAGACUGUUGGGGUCAGUUGCUAAGCGACAGCCUUUGUGCAUUGCCAACCUAGCCAGCUUGUUCUCCUGUUGAUUUAUUGUUGUGUAAAGAUAGGUACUGCAUAGGUGCAGCCUCCUCCCUGCUGCAUUAUUAAUCUAAUCAGAUUUGGCGUUCAACUUGUUACCUGUCUAACUUAAAAUCAGUAAUAUUGAAGGUUGUGUUUAAUAUUGAAGUUUUGUACAGAUUUUUGUAUUUUAAACUGAAUCUUACUGCAGUUGCUAGGUGAAUCCUUGUGAAAGCUCAAGACAAUCCUUCCUUCGGAACAAAACACUGUGGCUGUUCUGGGUUUUCUAUUAAAUGUAAAGUUAAGAUUUUUAUUUUUGUAUGCAAAAUUCCAAUUGCACUUAUUUAUAUGUUAUUUUAUACAAUCAAUUCUGAAAUAUAAUUAUCAUAUGCCAUGGAAUUAAGUAAUUUGG